AUGAAGCCUAAUACGGAUGGAAUCAAGCUCACUAGCCUUAGGGACUGUUUCAUGUUUUUAUACUGGUUGCAUAAGGGAGGAGGGAGGAAUAAAAUUGGAGAGGUGGCCCAAACUAUGCAUGACCGUAUUGGAGAUUAUUGUAAGAGUCAGCAAGUGACGAAAGAGCAGAUCGAAUCUCAUCUAGCCUCUUUUCUCGGUCAUGUGAGUACAUUCUAUGAAGUUUUGGUACGUGAUGGCUUUCCUCAAGAAGCACUUGCAUCCGGAGCGUCAAUGCCACCCAAUCCCUCAUUAAAUGCCAUAUUCGUUGCGCUUCUAGAGUGUCUCCCGAAGUUCCUCGCAGCGAUCUACUAUCUUUGGUAUUGCGUCGCGCAUACAUUCGAGUCACUUGGCGGAGGUGGGUGGAAGAAUGAUUGUCCCGGGUGGGAGAAGGAUCGGUGGUACGGGUUGAGAAACAAUUGGGGCGGUGACCUUCAAGCGUAUCUCAGAUCCAAUGACACUAACGAGUACCUGGUCAUACCUGGCAGCUUCAAUAGAGAUGAGGUGAGAGAUGGUUGGUCAUACAGUGGUUACUCCCGCGGUUACUCUAUGGUAACUGACCUUAAAAAAAUUUUCGAAAAAAAAGAUGAUAUGGCGCAAAAUGUUUUUCGCGAUGUGUUCGCCACUUCGGUGCUAACUACCACAUCCGGCACCCAAAUUUCUAACACUGCAAAUGCUCUUGCAUUGGUGAACUUGUUUUGCGAGAUUGUGGUUGAGGUGGAUGAGAAUGGAAAUGGUGACGAGUUUAAAACGCAUGUGCAAUCAAAAAACGGAUGCGUACAUUGGGGCUUUUUAAAAGAUCAUUGCUCCUCACUGAAAACCCAAUUUGGCAAGAUUUUCAGUGACAAAGCCUUUUCCUUCACUGGCUAUGGACGGAAAAGUGAAGGGCUUAAUAAGGAGAAAUUUGUGAAGAAGACGGCAGAUUGGUUGCGAAGCAACUUGGAUAAGGUGCGAGAGAAUUUGGAGCAUAUUAAAUCUUUUGAAAGUGAACAUGAUUACUAUGCACAUGAAUUCAGCACAUUUAGGAAACAUCACACCAUGCUCCAGGAAUAUUACGCCGCGCUCGGCCCAUAUUUCACUAAAAAUCUUUUCCCCUACGGCUUCACAUUUUAUGGUGAGAAAGAAUAUUUAAGGGAAAAUGCCCCGUAUGAGCUUGUGAGAGCGGAUUGGGAUAGUGCAAUCUAUGAGCUUAAGAGAGACGGUAGCGGCUUGGCGGAGUUAAAAAGAAUUCUCGAUGGUAAGGGGUGCCAUCCUCCGGCUCCCCCUCCAAAACCCCGACCUAGACCGGCGCCUGCGCCCAGGCCCCCGAGGCCUGCCAGACCUGUGCCACCACCCCGGCCUGCCAGAGCUUCGGGUGGAAGGACAUCCGGCCCAAGCAGUUAUGGAGGUUGGUCGUCUGUUGGGAGUCAUGCUUCUGGUGUUAGAGGAGGAAGCGCAAGAGGGACGGGGACUAACCAUAGAGGAGGGAGAUCGGGGGCUCAGGGAGGUAGAGGACGGCCACCGGGGACUGCAAGCAACAGAGGACAAGAACCGGGGCCUCGAGGUAUUUCAGGUGCUAAGGGCACACAGAGAGGCAGUAGUCCAGAGCCUACGGUGCUUAUUCAGCCCCAAGCCUUACAAACUCAAGAUGAUUCCCAGCGUCAUCUCAAACAACCUCUUCCUCCUGCCCCCAGUGCUCCUAGAGUCCCUAGUCCACCAGCUGAACCAGUUCCUACUCCAGCACGCCUUACGUCUCAAGCCCCUGCGCCUGCUCACUCAAGCGCGACCAGCUUCAGCUCUUCGUCAUCUAGUGUCACUAUUAUCGGUGGUACGGGACGGGGUCCACAGGCGGCCGCUUCUGGAGAUAGUCAACGGAGUAGUCAAGACUCAGCUCUCAAUCAUGACAUCGGCCAAGUCUCCAGGUCUGAUCCGUCUUCUGAUUCAGGCGCUGGUGAACGUGCAGGACUGGGUGCGGUGCCAAGCACUGGUGGGGAUUCAAAGGACACUGUUUCCACGACCUCAGAACCUGUUGCCGCUGUAAGCAUUGAUCUUCCUCAGGCGCAAAGUAUUCAACGUCAACCCUCUUUGUCUCAUGGUGCCGCUGGUGAUGGUAGUGAUCCAGGUAGUCCAGGGUCUUCGUUGUCACAUGCUGGGUCAAGCCACGAUGGAGCCCCGGGGACCGUUGGUACGCAAGUGGGUCCCGUUCCUGGUCCAGACGGCAAGGUGUCUUCGGGAAUACGCCCCUCUGUCCCUUCAAAUGAUAGCCACACUCAGACUUCAAGUGUUCAAACCCCAGAUUCCCUGUCAUCUCCUGACCAUCAUGAUACUGCUCAGGAUCCGAAAGGCCAGACGCAUUCUUCAACUCAACACAUUUCUCACCAAUCUUCAGACGUUGGAAGUACCCAUCAAGGUGCCCCCGGCACCGAUAGUCAGCUAUCGGCAAAUCGUGCAGGUCCAGGUGGCGAUGAUGCCAUUGGAGAGGGUGGGGGUUCAGUAGGUGGUACGGAUGGCGAUUCUCAAGUUGACAUUCAUUCUGGUAAACCCUCUAAUACCUCUCAACAUUCUGUGCAACAUCCCAUCCCAACUCAUUCACCCCCAGGUUCUCCAUCAUCUGAUAUCCCUGGUUCACCGGGCGAUUUGGGCCUGACUCUCCAAUCGCCUCCUCAACUAAUUGCUCAGGGUGACACGGAUGAUUCAGGUCGCGAUAGCCCGGCAGCCAUUCCACAGGAUCCUAUCUCAGAUCCUCCUGGCAAUUCUCAUGCUGCAGCUACAAGAGCUCAACAAAUUGUUCCAAUUCGGGAUAAUGGAUCUCUAGGUCAGCCAGGACUGAUAGCGUCUGUUCCUCCACCCCAACCUUCUGCUCCUCCCUCAAUAACAGCUGCAGACCCUUCAAGUCCUCAGCACAGUCUACAUGGACCCAUGGGGGCCCAAGGUGUUCAUGGUCAACAAGCUAUGCAGACUCCGGAUCCUAGUUUGAUUGGCAACACGGACCAUACAGGGCCUCUGAAUCAACAGGUAACCUCCAGCCCUACUGUAGUACAUGACGCCCAUGGUAAGCUUCAGACCCCACAACCUGAUGACAUUCACGGCGAUGCGCUCACUCAGUCUUCAAGUGUUUCAGGUUCACGGCCUUCGUCAAUUGCUGCAUCUCCUCCAAGUGGUGGUCAGGGCCCGGAUGACCAGGCGUCUCUUUUGGAUCCUGCUCUGCCACAUGCUAAACUAUCCACGGCCAUCCCAGGAGCCCUACCCAUUACCUCCCCAGGUCUGCCACCCGGUCAAAAGAUCGGCGGUGAUGCAGGCAGUGGGAUUCCAGGGACGACGAUCGGUGGCCCUAGUCCGCAAAACGGACAGGCGACGGAUAACAAUUUAGGGUCUUCUGGCACGUCUAUGAAUUCAGGCAGCGUUGUGUCACAUCAAGUACCACCUAAGACGCCAAUGUCGGAUCCGCCUCAAGUUGAGCUUGAAAUUGAGAAGCUUUACACUCCGGAGAUAAUUUACGGCGCUGACAAGAUUCAAGCGGAGCGACUGCCCGAGGUUGGAUAUAAUAGAAUUGUGUCACCGUCCGAUACCUAUUCUAAUAUCCUUCCGCACGCCCCGUUGCAUGACAAAUUCUAUCCAGAAACUCUGAACUUCUCAACCGAAGACUUAUGUCUUCCUCCCUGGAUCGCCAAGACACAACGACAAUCUGCAUGA